CCCGCCCGCCCUGGUUUCACUGCUGCCCGGGACCAGACGCUGUCGAAGAUGCCGCUGGGCCUGAAGCCAUCGUGCAGCGUGUGCAAGGCCAACUCGUCGGCCAUGUGGAGGAAGAGCAGCCAGGGCGAGAUCGUCUGCAACAACUGCGCCGCCAAGAGCCCCGGGCCUGGCCCGGCCUCAGCGCCCGGAUCCGCGCCGCCCGCACAGCAGAGCAACGGCGGUGGCAAGCAGGCAAAGCAAGAAAUUCACAGGCGGUCUGCAAGGUUACGGAACACAAAAUACAGGUCAAUGCCUCCCACUGAGAAAAAAGUUUCUACCAAAGGAAAGGGCCGUAGGCAUAUAUUCAAAUUAAAAAAUCCAAUUAAAGCACCAGAGUCCGUGUCCACAAUCAUCACAUCUGAAUCUAUUUUCUACGGGGGUAUUUAUUACCAGGUUGGGGACAUAGUGUCCGUAGUGGAUGAGGAUGAUGAGAAGAUAUACUAUGCCCAGAUACGAGGAUUUGUGCAGGAUCAAUAUUGUGAGAAGAGUGCAGUGAUUACAUGGCUUAUUCCAACUCAGGCAAGCUCCCAGGACCAGUUUGAUGCAUCAACGUAUAUACUUGGACCAGAGGAAGAUUUACCAAGAAAGAUGGAACAUUUUGAGUUUAUCUGUCAUGCACCUUCUGAAUACUUUAAAUCACGAUCUACUCCUUUUCCAAUUAUUCCAACCAAACCUGAGAAAGGGUACAUCUGGACUCGUGUUGGACCAACCCCUGCAAUAGCGGUGAAGGAAUCAAUUGCAAACUGUUUAUAGCUAGGGUGCGUAAUAGAUGUUAUUAAAAUUUGUACAUUUUUAUCUAGUAUAUCUAUAUCUUGCUGGAAUGAAAAGGCAAGUUAUGAAAAUUUAAAUAAUGUCUAUUGCAACAUCUUGCUAGUCCUAGAUUCUUAACAUUCAGAACAAUGUCAGUUUCAUGGCCAAAACCUAUUUAUGACAUAAGGCAGAUCUUUUGAAAUAUAAAUGAGGUGCUGCUUCUGUAAUACUACUAAGCUUCUUCUGUGGAACUAUACAUUGAGCCACUUCAAACAAAUAAGUGGACCUACUACACGCUAAAUCUAUCAGUGAAUAGAUUCUCGGAUUGCAUUUUUAUGAACCUUGUUUUGUAUAUUAAUAAAAUUUGUAUGUGGAAGCCAACUGUCUGUAGGGAAAAUCCACUGAGGUUUUGUUCAUUGCAUUUGGCAUGUUAGGCCAAUAUAGGAUGCUAUUGUUUACAGCUGUUUGUAUAUUUAAGUAACAUAUCACUUAUAUUAAAGCAUCAUGACUUGA